ACCAGGCGCAGGGCUACUCAGGGACAGUAGGAGGAGGCUGGGCCAGUAAGGGCAGGCAGUGGCGGCCUACCUGGGAUUGGCCCAAACCGCUGGGUGAAGCUGCCCUCCCGCGUGAGCAGACCCUGCUGGAACUGGAGCACAGUGAGCUCUAGGAGUUUGGCGUUUUGAUCCUGGCUACCCGCCCUUCCAUGCCAGGGGCUGGCUCACCAGGCUGAGUGGAGUGGGAGAGGGAGAUAGGCGGCUGAAGAAUUUACCUCCAGGGAUCUCAAAUUGGGAAAACCGCUGAAGAAAGUGCGUGUGUACCCGCCCCUCCCCUUUCCUCUGGCAUCCGGGGGCCACCUGCGGUGGCAGGAGCGGCUGGUAGAGACGAGAGGGAGAGGGAAGGGGGCGCCCUACCUGUUUCUGCGAUUUAGCACUUCUGGAAUAGAAAGUGGGUGGGAACCGACCCAGGUAAAGUCCCAGAGCCGCCAACACUGACGCACAGGAAAGCCUCAAGUGGGAGGAGAGAUGCAAAUCCCCUAUUGACGAUGGCGUCAGCAGCUCCGUCCCGGGGACUGUGAGGGGCGAUUCUGGCUUUGGACUGGAGCGCAGCCUGGGACCUGGGCUGAGAGCGAGCCAGCAUGUCUCAGUGGAAUCAAGUCCAACAGUUAGAAAUCAAGUUUUUGGAGCAAGUAGAUCAAUUCUACGAUGACAACUUUCCAAUGGAAAUUCGACAUCUGCUGGCCCAGUGGAUUGAAAAUCAAGACUGGGAGGCAGCUUCUAACAAUGAAACUAUGGCAACAAUUCUUCUUCAAAACUUGUUAAUACAACUGGAUGAACAUUUGGGUCGUGUUUCCAAAGAGAAAAAUCUACUCCUGAUACACAAUCUAAAAAGAAUUAGAAAAGUCCUUCAGGGAAAAUUUCAUGGAAAUCCAAUGCAUGUAGCUGUGGUUAUUUCAAAUUGUUUAAGGGAGGAGAGGAGAAUACUGGCUGCAGCCAACAUGCCUGUCCAGCUUCUUCUACCUAUGUCAGUGGUGCCGCUAUCCUUCCAGGCACUGGCAAUCAAGGGACCUCUGGAGAAAUCCUUACAAAGUUCUUCAGUUUCAGAAAGACAGAGGAAUGUAGAGCACAAAGUGGCUGCCAUUAAAAACAGUGUGCAGAUGACAGAACAAGACACCAAAUACUUAGAAGACCUGCAAGAUGAAUUUGACUACAGGUAUAAAACUAUUCAGACAAUGGAUCAGAGUGACAAGAAUAGUGUAAUGAUGAAUCAGGAAGUUUUGACACUGCAAGAAAUGCUUAACAGCCUCGACUUCAAGAGAAAGGAAGCACUCAGUAAGAUGACACAAAUAGUUAACGAGACAGACCUGUUAAUGAACAGCAUGCUCAUAGAAGAGCUACAAGACUGGAAGCGGAGGCAGCAAAUCGCCUGCAUCGGAGGUCCACUCCACAAUGGGCUCGACCAGCUUCAAAACUGCUUUACACUAUUGGCAGAAAGUCUUUUCCAACUCAGAAGGCAAUUGGAGAAAUUAGAGGAGCAAUCUACCAAAAUGACAUAUGAAGGUGAUCCCAUUCCAAUGCAGAGAACUCACCUACUAGAAAGAGUCACCUUCUUGAUCUACAAUCUUUUCAAGAACUCAUUUGUGGUUGAGCGACAGCCCUGCAUGCCAACCCACCCCCAGAGGCCGUUGGUACUUAAAACCCUCAUUCAGUUCACUGUAAAACUAAGACUGCUAAUAAAAUUGCCAGAACUAAACUAUCAGGUAAAGGUUAAAGCAUCAAUUGACAAGAAUGUUUCAACUCUAAGCAAUCGAAGAUUUGUACUUUGUGGAACUAAUGUCAAAGCCAUGUCUAUUGAAGAAUCUUCCAAUGGGAGUCUCUCAGUAGAAUUUCGACAUUUGCAACCAAAGGAAAUGAAGUCCAGUGCUGGAAGUAAAGGAAAUGAGGGCUGUCACAUGGUGACUGAAGAGCUUCAUUCCAUAACCUUUGAAACACAGAUCUGCCUCUAUGGGCUGACCAUAGAUUUGGAGACCAGCUCAUUACCUGUGGUGAUGAUUUCCAAUGUCAGUCAGUUACCUAAUGCUUGGGCGUCCAUCAUUUGGUACAAUGUGUCAACCAAUGAUUCCCAGAACUUGGUUUUCUUUAAUAACCCUCCAUCUGCCACUUUGAGUCAACUCCUGGAAGUGAUGAGCUGGCAAUUUUCAUCAUAUGUUGGUCGUGGCCUUAAUUCUGACCAACUCAAUAUGCUGGCAGAGAAGCUUACAGUCCAAUCUAGCUACAGUGAUGGUCACCUCACCUGGGCCAAGUUCUGCAAGGAACACUUACCUGGUAAAUCAUUCACCUUUUGGACAUGGCUUGAAGCAAUAUUGGAUCUAAUUAAGAAACACAUUCUUCCCCUCUGGAUUGAUGGGUAUGUCAUGGGCUUUGUUAGCAAAGAGAAGGAACGGCUCUUGCUAAAGGAUAAAAUGCCUGGAACCUUUUUAUUAAGAUUCAGUGAAAGCCAUCUCGGAGGCAUAACUUUCACCUGGGUGGACCAUUCUGAAAAUGGAGAAGUGAGAUUCCACUCUGUGGAACCCUACAAUAAAGGCCGGUUGUCUGCUCUGCCAUUCGCUGACAUCCUUCGAGACUACAAGGUUAUUAUGUCUGAAAACAUUCCAGAAAACCCUCUGAAGUACCUAUAUCCUGACAUUCCCAAAGACAAAGCCUUCGGUAAACACUACAGCUCCCAGCCAUGUGAAGUUACAAGACCAACAGAAAGAGGAGACAAAGGUUAUGUUCCUUCAGUUUUUAUCCCCAUCUCAACGAUCCGAAGUGAUUCAACUGAGCCACAUUCUCCGUCGGACCUUCUGCCCAUGUCUCCAAGUGUAUAUGCAGUGCUGAGAGAAAACCUGAGUCCCACAACAAUUGAAACUGCAAUGAAGUCUCCAUAUUCUGCUGAAUGACAGGAUAAACUCUGACACCUCAAGGAAGGAAGCAGAUACAAAAGUUUAAAGACUGUUCUUUGCCAACGACAACAUCUUAUUUCUUCACCUUUGUAAAUACAGGUUUCCAGGAAAUGCUUGAAAUCUGAAGCUCUCUUCUCACUGGCAUGGCACCCCCCAGUUGGGAGUGUUGUGAUUGACUUGCUAAAAACCACAGCUUCAGAUAAACUGCAAGAUAAGACCACCUUAAGAAACCAGUGUUAAUAACAAUAUUAACAGAAAACAUA